AUGACACGUAGAUGGAGUGAUGCGGCCGGGUUGUUGAGUCAUUUUAUCAAGAGGGAGAUUAGUCCUAAUGUGAUUACUUCUACUGCGUUAGUCGAUGCGUUUGUGAAGAAUGGGAAGGUUUUGGAAGCUAAGGAGCUAUACGAGGAGAUGAUAAGGAUGUCUAUAGAUCCUGAUAUUGUCAUUUACAGUUCGUUGAUCAACGGGCUUUGUAUGCAAGAUCGCGUAGAUGAGGCUAGCGAGAUGUUUGGUUUGAUGGUGAGGAGAGGUUGUUCUCCAGAUGUGGUGAGUUAUAAUACUCUUAUAAAUGGGCUUUGCAAGGCAAAGAGAGUAGAGGAUGGGAUGAGACUCGUCCGAGAGAUGUCUGAAAGAGGAUUGGUUAGCAGUGGGCUUUGUGACAACGGGGAGGUGGAGAAAGCGUUGGUGAUGUUUGAGGAUUUGCAAAAGAGUGAAAUGGAAGUAGACAUUGUCACAUAUACUACAAUUAUCCACGGGAUGUGCAAGGCUGAUGCAUUGUAUUUGAAAAUGCAAGGAGACGGGCUUGUGUUGAAUGAUGGUAAACUAUGUCUUAGAGAUGGUGACAUAACUGUAUCAGCCGACGUUAUCAAAGAGUUGUUGACGCGUGCAACAUCUGAGGGGUGCGAAAAAGCUGGUCCUCUCUUCUAA